CAAAAGUGUCAGACAAAACUAAAAGACAAGAGACUUGUGGAGAAUAGAGGGAUAUCUCUGGACCGUUAACAUGUGCCGAUCACUCGAACAUCUGCCUCUCACCUGUCUGGAAAGGGCAAAAGAGCUCAAAGCUCGCUUUGGAAGUUUUCUCCUAAAGCAAGAGCUGUACAUGGGUCUUUCUCAUAAAACCGACAAACUAACACUGGAAGACAGAGAAAAAUGGAGCCAGUCUUUCCAUUACCUCCUGGCUCACAAAGAGGGACUGUGUGCAUUCAGAGCGUUUCUGUCGUCUGAGUACAGUGAGGAAAAUAUCGCAUUCUAUCUGGCUUGUGAGGACUACAAGAACACAAAGCCUUGCUCCAAGCUGUGCUCCAAGGCCAAGAAAAUUUACGAGGAGUUCAUCUGCAAUGACGCACCAAGAGAGGUUAAUCUUGAUCACGAAACAAAAACAAUCACCUCGAAAAAUUUAGAGAACCCCACCUUCACCUGCUUUAAGAUAGCCCAGAGUAAAAUUUACACCCUGAUGGAAAAAGACUGCUACCCUCGUUUCCUCAAGUCAACUGUCUACCAGGAACUCAUCGCACAACAUGCGGGCCAAACCACUCAUGGAUGAAGUGCAGGUGAAUCUAGAGACAGCCGCAAUGGAAUGUGUCAAAGACAAACACAGAGUUUGUGUGACAUUACAGCUGGUGCGUGAUCACAGCCUGUUUCCAGAGAAGUUCUUUUGAAACUCAAUUAACAGACUGGAAGGAGGACUGAAGCACAGGCUUUGGAAAUUUCUGAAUAAAUGUACUGUAGGGGAGCACACAGUAUGAUCAAGUUUGUACUGUAGCACUGGAGAAGAACUGUGAAACUUUUGCACUUUUUGUGUGUGUUUUGUAUUGCCUCGUGAGUAUUUAUUGAAGAACUAUAAUGAAUAUACUGUUAUUUAUAUUAAAUAAACAAAUGUGGUUAUUUAUUGAAUAUUCUUGUGAAACCAAAAGGAUUUAAAUAAUCCUUAAAUAAACUUUUACAUUAAAAUA